AUGCCUGCAACUACAGCGGAAACGCUCUCUUUCGUGACGAGAAAUGUCUCUGUUGCUCCGUUAGUUCUUCUCUCAGUUGCAGACCACUAUGGUCGAUCAGCCAAAAAUACACGAAAGCGAGUCGUUGGAGUGUUAUUAGGUCAGAAUGAUGGAAAGAAUGUACGAGUUUCCAAUAGCUUUGCAGUGCCUUUUGAAGAAGAUGAAUUGGAUCCGUCUGUUUGGUUCCUCGAUCAUAACUACGUAGAGUCAAUGAAGGACAUGUUUAAAAAAAUUAAUGCGAAAGAAAAAUUGAUAGGAUGGUAUCAUUCUGGUCCAAAAUUAAGAGCUUCUGAUCUAGAGAUAAAUGAACUUUUCAAACGCUACACACCUAACCCAUUACUGGUUAUCAUUGAUGUUCAACCGAAAGAGUCUGGCGUGCCGACAGACGCAUAUUUCGCAGUGGAAGAGAUCAAGGAUGAUGGGACAACAACGUCCAAGACGUUUGUGCAUACCCCUUCAAUUAUUGAAGCUGAGGAGGCAGAAGAGAUUGGAGUCGAACAUUUACUAAGGGACAUUCGGGAUGUGGCGGUUGGUUCACUGUCGACACGAAUCACCAACCAGCUUCAGUCAUUACAAGGUCUUCACUUGCGGUUACGAGACAUCGGAGUGUAUCUCCAAAAGGUUCUUGAUGGAUCUUUACCUAUUAAUCAUGUUAUCUUGGGGAACCUUCAGGAUGUCUUUAACCUGUUACCUAACCUAUUCUCCUCGAAGGCCUUAUCAGCUUCACCGGAUGAUGUAGAGGCAGGGCUCAAGGGCAAUAGCGAGUUGGCACAUGCUAUGGGUACCAAGACAAACGAUCAAUUAAUGGCUAUUUAUUUAAGUAGCUUGGUUCGGGCUAUAACUGCCUUCCAUGACCUAAUCGAGAACAAGAUUCAAAAUCGACAACAACAAGAAGAGAAAGAUGCGAAGAUUGAAGACGGAAAGGAUGUACAAGCUGGCAAAGAGAAUAGAGAAAAAGAGGCUACAGAUGCUAGCGGAGAGCCGAAGGAAGGCACGGAAAAGGGCGACAAUAUGCAAAAGAAGUAA